AUGGCGCCCGCGCAGCCCGAGCUGAAGAAGUACCUUGACAAGAGACUGUUCGUCCAAUUGAACGGCAGCCGCAAGGUUAUCGGUGUUCUCCGAGGCUACGAUGUCUUCCUGAAUAUUGUUCUGGACGAGGCGGUCGAGGAGAAGGAGGGCGGCGAGAAGGUCAGGCUAGGCAUGGUCGUCAUCCGCGGUAACUCGGUCGUCAUGCUGGAGGCACUCGAGAGAAUCGGCGGCGACGACCGCCAGCAGAGGGGUUAG